AUGGUUCAAGCAGCUACUCCACAGUGGCGUAUUGGACCAAAAAACAAGCCAGUUUUGUGCAACGCAUGUGGAUCAAGAUACAGGCAACGGGGAACCCUUGACAACUAUCUUCCAAAGUGUCGUGAUCCAAAGCUCGAUGUUAAGGACAAACCUUCAAGCUCUGAUCCAAAUUCAGGCAAGAAAAAUCCAGUUAUAUGGAACCCUAAAAUUCCUUCAAAGAAACGUUCACCGCAAAUCUCACGAAUAGAAAGGAUUCAAAAACAAUUUCUCGAUUUGUGGAACAAUCUCGGGCUACCAAAUGAGCCAUCCCCAGAAGAUUUGUUAUUGUUCCAUAACGUGAACAACUUAAUACCUAGCAAUGAAAUAGGCCCUGGAUGCAUUCGUCUUUGA